CUUCCAUCUUCCACUUGGUCAAUUUGUGGCUAUUCUUCCUUCUAACCCUAUUUCCUGCGAACAUCAUCCCAUCCGCAGAACCUCCUUCAUUCACCUACUCAGAUCCACAACCCUCACCACCGACCUACCGCUCAAACCAACACCCACCGACCGCCGCAGCAAACCAAUUCCCUUCUAAGGGAAACAAGCGACAAGAUGUCGCUCUCCUCCAUCCUCACCCACUCUCUCCCCAAAGGCCUGCACCUGCCGCCCUCCCCAGUAUCCUUACCGCAACGCCUCUUUACCGCCACCCGCCACGCCUCCCUAACCUCAGCCAUCAACCGCGGAAUCCGCCGCUCGCAGUACCGCGAGGACGAGAUCGACGGCGGACGCGCGCAGCGGCUCUCGCCUCGAUUGGAGCAAUCGGAGCGGUCAUCGUCAUCGCGAGGGGCUAGGGAUGUCGGUCGCUCUCGGGGUCGAGGUCGGCGUGAGCAUAAGUUUCCUUGGGAGGAUGAGAAUAACGGCAAUUCAUCGGGGUCGGGUUCGUUACGGCGCCGCUACAACGAUAACAAGGAUACCCAGUUUGAGAAUCGUCGGUCUUUCGCGGAGGAACGGACGGGGCGCCGUGGCGGCAGGGAUAGAGGCCGGGAUCAGGAGCAGAGGCCGUAUGCCGAUGUGCUGGUUACGCGGAUGCAGAAGCGCAGUGAGGGCGAGGAGAGACAGUAUGCGCGGAAGGGCAGGGGGGGAAGGGAGGAUCGAGAUCGGGAUGAGCGACGGGGGAACCGUGGGAUGAGGAGGGAGGAUCGGUCGCCGAGGUUCGAAGCGAAGAAUGCGCGGCAGCCGCGCGAACGGGAAGCACGAGGGCGGGAUGAGCGAGGGAGCUCGUAUCCGCCGUUUUCUAGCAACAAGAGGUUCGAUGAGGAGGAGUUUAUUCGUACCGGGCAGUUGCGCGAGGUUGAGGGUAAUGCGAAGAAGGUGGAAGUGGAGGCAGAAUCGCGGAGGAGGGAGAGGGACGAUCUGGGCCCGUCUGCCCGCGUGCGCAGCACGAGGCCCGGUAACCCCAAGCGCAGAGACGGACAGCACCACCAUAUCAGCACGGACGCGGAGCCCGAGCGCGUCAAGAAGAACGUGCUGCCGCCGUCCGAGGUGCCGUACACGACGCCCGCGUCGCAGUUCAUCUUCGGCACCGCAGCCGUCGAGGCCGCCCUGCGUUGCAGCCGUCGCCAGCUCUACAAGCUCUACAUCUACCAGGCCGAGGGCGAGCGGCUGUCCGAGGCCAAGUCCACGCUGCGCAAGCUGGCGCUCGAGAAGCUCGUGCCCGUCAAGAUGGCCUUUGGCGACUGGGACCGCCUCCUCGACAAGAUGAGCGCCGGCCGUCCGCAUAACGGCGUCGUGCUCGACGCCUCGCCCCUCCCGCAGCUGCCUGUCACCUACUUCCACUUUGUACACUCGGUCGGCCCUAACAUUGAGCCGUCCUUCCGCGUCGAGCUGGGCGCCCAGUCGCGCGAGGAGGCCGCCGUCAACGGCCUCGAACCCCUCGUGCCCAUCAACCGCUCCGCGCUUUCGUCCUCCACCACCCGACAGCGCGACCCUGUCGUCGUCCUGCUGGACGGCAUCCAAGACCCCGGAAACCUGGGCGCGAUUAUCCGCUCCGCGUACUUUCUGGGCAUUGACGCCGUGGUGCUAGCCGGCCGCAACUCCGCGCCGCUCUCGGCCGUCACCAUCAAGGCCUCCGCCGGCGCCGCCGAGAACAUGCCGCUGCUGCAGGUGCGCAACGAGCGUGACUUCAUCGCCAAGUCCAAGGAGAACGGCUGGCGGUUCUACGCCGCCGCCGCGCCGGGCCCUGGCGCCAAGGUGUUGCUGGGCAGCGGCGGCCCCGACGGCGCUUCGGGACUGCCGCAGGCGCCCAGUGUCAUCAUGAUGGGCAGCGAGGGCGACGGGCUGAGCCCGCAUCUGCUUUCUGCCGCCGACGCGGUGGUCGGCAUCCCCGGCGCGCGGCUGGAUGAGCAGCUCGGCGUGGCUGGUGAUCCGGCGCGCGUCGAUAGUCUGAACGUCAGUGUUGCGGCCGCGUUGUUGUUCGAGCGCUUCCUGCAGUCGCCGGUUAUGCUUGAUGAGGCUGCGCCGAAGACGAAGCGUCGGACGGGCUGUAUAAAAUUUGCUGCAUGUAUAUGUUCGUCUCAAUAA